CUUAACAGAGUUCUCAUUGGAGUGGGACUAUUUUAUUUGGGUAAUUGCGUCAUGGCUUAAAUUAUACGUUGGACACUCGUACGCUAGGUUUCCGUCCAUUUAUAUGGUUCUGGUUCCUCCCCACCCCUGCUAUGGACGACGGAGAGCUCGAUUACUCGAAUCAAGAUGUCUUCACAAGUCCUAACAUGGGUGAUCAGCUUCCGGGCAGUUGCUCUAUGGAUAGCUUCUUCGAUGAGCUCCUCAAUGAUACCCAUGCAUGUACCCAUACGCACACCUGCAAUCCCCCUGGACCUGAUUAUUCCCAUACACACACUUGUUUUCAUGUCCACACCAAAAUUCUACCUGCCUCUGCUGAAGAUAAUGUAGUUACCGAUGACACGGCAGAGUCCUCGGAGAAGAAAUCAAAGAAACGUCCCUUAGGUAAUCGUGAAGCUGUUCGAAAGUACCGCGAGAAGAAGAAGGCGCGAACUGCUUCAUUAGAAGACGAAGUUGCCCGGUUGAGAGCUCUGAAUCAGCAGUUGCUGAAGAGAUUGCAGGGUCAAGCUGCACUGGAGGCAGAGAUAGCUAGACUUAAAUGCUUGCUUGUGGACAUCAGAGGGAGGAUUGAGGGAGAGAUUGGAUCUUUCCCUUACCAGAAAUCUGCAAAGAGUGGUGACGGGAUUCAGAACCUGCCCCAUUCGAACUUGUCUAGUGCCUAUGUCAUGAACCCAUGUGACUUGCGGUGCGAUGAUCAGGUUUAUUGCCUACACCCUGGAAUGGAAGGCAAGGGUGGGGUGGAUGGUGUGGGAUUGAAUGGCCAAGGGUUUAAUGCUUGUGAAAUUGGAAAUGUUCAGUGUAUGGGGAAUCCUAACUUGGGAUUGAAGGAGCUUCCGGGUUGUGGAAAUGGAACCAUAGGGGCCGGUGCAAAUUCCUCGAAUGCAAAUAAGAGAAGAGGAGGAGCUCGUGCAGCCACCGGGAGUUGAAGAGCUUAUCUGAUAUUGCCUUAAGGGUACAUAUUAUCUUCUGAUUAGUAGUCGAGUGUAAUUGCAGUCUCUCCUUCCCUUUAUCUAUUAAAGUCACAUUUCUAUUUGUUAUUCUGUAAUUUUGAAUUCUUGGUGGUGGAGUUACUCUUUUUUAUCCUCUUAAUUUCAUCUUUAGUUUCCUCUUGUUGCUGCCCAUACUAGCUGGUACUGUCACUUGGUCCGAUUCAAUUCAGUCUAUCCAUAUUAGUGAUUCUUGUUGCUUCCUCACCGACGUGGGUUCAGUCAGUUGCCCCACUUCAAGCUAGUUUUCCUUUUGUCAUGUGAAGUUGGAUGCUGGAAGUUGACUGGGUGUAUUAUGCCUAUGGUUAGCAAUGCUAGUUGAUGGAGGCUUUCUUCAAUUUAUAAGAGGAUUGCUGUCUUUUAAAGUAUUGAAUGGUGUUAUUUUAUGUGCUUUGUUGAUGGAAAUAUUAUGCUCUUUCUAAUUUGAAGUCA